AUGCGGUGGGUAAGGGGCCUCUUCACAGUCCGGAACAAAAGCCGUCUCGUAAAGGUCCUUUUCUGCCUUGUUGCCGGCUAUUUCUUUAUCAGUGCUCUUGCGUCCAAUUCUCGCUCGGGAGGCCGGACACGAUUCUCGAGGGACAUUGUUGAUCGGGGAUUCCAUGAGAUUCCCGACUAUUCAAAGCAUCGAGAAGGUGCUGGCGAGAACGGCGAUGGCGUUCACUUGCAAGGCGAUGAUAAGCUAAAAGCAGAAGAGCUUCAAAAGACGUGGUUCAUGAAUAUCCUCGCCUCUGACGCGAUUUCGUUGGAUCGAUCGAUACCGGAUUCAAGAAGCAAGGAAUGUAAAAGACUGGAAUAUACCAUCUCUUCACUUCCCUCCACAUCGGUAGUGAUCAUCUUCACGGACGAGUCUUAUUCCGCACUGCUACGAACUGUGCAUUCCGUCAUCAAUCGUAGCCCUCCCGAAUUGCUGCUAGAAGUGGUUCUCGUUGAUGACAACAGUCAUUUGCCCGAGCUCGGCGAGAAGCUGGAGAAGCAUCUUGAACGUUUCGGUGCCCUGGUGAAGUUGGUUCGCAGCAAGGAACGUCUCGGCUUGAUUCGCGCAAAAGUACGAGGUGCUCGCGAGGCGCGUGGAGAUGUGCUCGUUUUUCUGGAUUCGCAUUGCGAGGCAAAUUCUGGCUGGCUUGAGCCAUUGUUGGCUAGAAUUGCCGAAGAACGAACGGCCGUUAUUUGCCCGGUGAUCGACUCGAUUUCGGAUACAACGAUGGCUUACAUGGGCGGUUCGGCUGGAGGCAUUGGAACUUUCUGGUGGUCUCUUCAUUAUAGCAUGGGGCCCUUGCCGAAAAGCGAAGUGGAAAGAAGAAAAAAUCCUGAAACGGAUAUCAUUCGUUCACCAACCAUGGCCGGCGGCUUAUUUGCUGUUGAUCGCAAAUAUUUCUUCGAAGUCGGAGCGUAUGAUGAGGAAAUGGAUGUGUGGGGCGGCGAAAAUCUGGAAAUUUCAUUCCGGGUGUGGAUGUGUGGCGGCUCGAUAGAGAUUCAUCCGUGCUCUCAUGUUGGUCAUAUCUUCCGUUCUGGGCAUCCUUACGAUAUGACUGGACGCAAUGGAAAUAAAGAUGUCCAUGGCACAAAUUCGAAGCGACUGGCUGAAGUGUGGAUGGAUGACUACAAACGUCUAUUCUAUGUACAUCGAAUGGGUCUUCAGACGCAGGACGUGGGAGAUCUCCAGUCAAGGAAAGAUUUGCGAGAACGGCUUCAAUGUCAUUCUUUUAAAUGGUUCCUAGACAACGUGAUCCCGCAGAAAUUUGUACCCGACGAGGACGUCGUCGCCUAUGGAAACGUCCGAAAUGGGGAUCUCUGCUUGGAUACGUUGCAAAGGCUGGAGAACAAGGGCACGAUCAUCCUGGGCGUGUUCUCGUGUCAAGGCGGCGGCUCAUCAUCCCAAGCAUUUUCCUACAGUCGAGCAGAUGAAGUCAGACGUGAAGCAACCUGUCUACAAGUCGGCCCGAAAGAACAUGGCAUCAAGAAACGGAAGGCUUUGAUCCAAUUUUGUUUGGAUGAUCGUCCCAUCGAAUUUGCUCAUGAGAAGGACGGCCCAAUAAUGCACCGCGAUUCGGGGCUCUGUCUGGAUGUUGGCGGUGUCGAAUCGGGUGGCGAUCUCUACUUCGAUGAUUGUGUCGACAACAAAGAAUCCCAACGCUGGUCGUUCAAGAAGUAUUUC